AGAAUUCUCUUAUUUGGCAUUUGUUGAAAGUAGUAGUAGUACAAUAUAUUACAGCAUAUGGUACAAACAACAUUUUCGAAAACCUCGGUAAAACCCUGUUGUUUGCGAACCCUAACAUCAGAUCAGUGCAAAGCUAUUGUGCUUCUCAUCUGCAAUGGCGUCUCGCUGUCGUACACUCUCAAGACCAGCAAUUAACCUUUUCAAAUCCACAAUGAACAAGCAAUCAAGCAGUAGCAUACCCACUUCCUCUUUUAACCUCCCUCGCCCAUUUCCAACACUCUCAAGGCCAUUACCUCAAAUGGGUUGUCUUCAAUCUCUGCUGCCGCUCCACAGUGCAGUCUCUUCAGCUCGACUCACAUCUUGCCUUGGCAUUGAUUCCAAGGGCUCCAGAUCGUUGUCUCAGGGUAUGCUCUGCAGUGCCAACCCAGGAGUUUGAUAUUUUAAAAUCUGUAUCUAGUUAGGACUCUCAGUGCCGCGAUAAGAGACUAUGCUCAAGGAGGAAGACGGUUGUUUAGUUACAAUCAUGACUUCUUAUCAGCUAUUGUCCUUCCAUAAUUUUAUGCAACCUCAGUUCUUAAUCAUGUAUGAUAUACACAGGAUGCAACUUCUGACUUUUUGCUGCAAUUACCCUAAUUUUUGUUCAAUUUAGUAAGAUAUUUUCCCUCGAUUUGUUUAGAAACAAUUUUUGAGUAAUAAUGUUUGUACUUAUGUUCUGCUGAAGCUGGCAUCAUUAUAGCAGCCUUACCAUGAGCGGUUAA